CAUUACGUGAUAGAUCAUUAUGUGAUACUUUAUUGAUAAUUUGAAAGGCAGCCUUUCUGCGACGUAUGUGUAGUGCCUUUUGAUACAGAGUCUGUAGACUGAGUGUAGAGUGAUUCCGCGUGUCUUUUAGAAUGGCAACCAAAAGGGUUUUUGCUGAACAAGUUGGUCCAACUCCAACCAAAAGAGCUUUUGCUGAACAAGCCAGCCGGUCUGAUAAUUAGUGAGUCGGCGAAGUCCGCCUGGGCAGGCGACCGGGCGCCGUGAAACGCAUUUAAUCAAGGGAGCAGACAGAAAUUCGUUAGACACACGCUCUGUCUAACUCUGUACUCUUGAUUAAAAGCGGUGCCCGUUUUACGGUUUACGGCGGACUUCGCCGACUCACUAUUCUCCUCAGCCCCCCGCUGGGAGCACCAUACGGAUUAAAGCGAGUAAUGUGGAUUUGCGUCAGGAAUGGCAGAAUCUUCGAGCCUCUGGCAUGCUAUGCGAUGUGGAGCUGCAAGGUGGUGAAGCAGAAUCCAUAGGGAUUCCAUGUCACCGCAGCGUUCUCAGUGUUCACAGUAGGUAUUUUCGCACCAUGUUCUUAACGGGAAUGAAGGAAUCCGCGCAACCGAUUAUCCAGCUGCACAACAUCUCCCAUCCUGUUCUGUCCCAGUUGAUUGAUUUUUUCUACAUGACGGACAUUGUCGUCACGGAAGACAGCGUGCAGCCCAUACUGGUGGCGGCUGCGUUCCUCAGUAUUCCGGCCGUGGAGGAGGCCUGCUGGAAGUUUAUGGAGGAUCGCUUGAACGCCAGCAACUGUCUGAUGCUGUACUGUUUUGCGGAUUCCGAUGCGCACAAGAAUCUGGCCGUCGCCGCCAAAGCCAAGGCUAUCACUCUCCAGCAUUUUGCUGAUAUCGCGCAGGGACCAGAUUUCUUGGAAGUGCCGAAGAAAACGGUAGGAUAUGCAUUGCCAGCUAAUGGCCUUGGCUUUGGCGGCGAAACUGAUUGUAGCAAAAUGGAACAAUGUACAAGCAGGGUUACCGAUCUGAUCUGCUGUGAUAGUCUUUGCGUGGCGCAGGGAAGACGAUGUACUGCGGGCCAUCGUGCGGUGGCUGCAUCACGAUUUCCAGCAACGACGCUGGCAGUUCUGGGAGAUGCUGCAAUAUACUGUAUUCGCUCGCACAUCUUGAACCACAGAGUGUGUAUGUCCGAGCGAAUACAGUAUUCGGCCCACUUAUCUCGGCCCGCAAGGCAGCGAUGAUUAUCUGCUGGCCUGUGUCAACGCCUUCACGGAUUAUUCCGAAAAAGCGCCGCGUCCGUCAGGAUAUCUGCAGGCCUUGCCGGGAUACACCAGCCAGGCAUCCUCUCGCUACACUGCAAGAAAAUCCUAUUGUAAGAAGGCUACGAAGAAGUAGGAAUGCGGUGCUUAUCGUUGUCUGUGUUUAAUCCUUUCGUUCGGUUAUAAGGAUGGAGUUAUUCAUUGGUGUUUCAAUGUUUUGCGCGUUUUAUGCUUCUUCUUCCUUGUGUUUUACGCUUUUUAUGCGUUUUUAUGCGCCGCUUCGCAAACGGGAAAAACAGCGAAAGCGUGGAAGAUUUAGGAAAGUGUUUUACGUACAGUACUUUUACUCGUACCUAGAAGCAUUUACGAAUUC